CCCAGGAAGCAGAGAUCACAGCACAGAGACAGAGAGGAGACAGAGAGAGAGAGAGAGGAGACCGAGAACCGAGCACCGAGCACCGCAACCAGGAUCCACAGCAACACACCGGAGAAAAACACUCACCGACGGAGAAGCAUAACAACAGCAGGAACUAAUCCGGACGGAGCAUCCUUCAUCCCCACCGACAGACCCAGUGUGCGGCUGCAGAGAUGGGUGUCACCUCCCUCCCUCUGCUAUUGGUUUGCGCAUGUUUGGCGGCUGCGCUGAUUGGUGGAACCCGCUCGGAGGGCGUGUGUCUCCAAGACGGCAAGCACAAGGCCACGCCCGGCCCGGAGCCACACCUGUCGGAGUGCGGGCUGUAUGCUGACAAUAGCUGCUGCACAGAGGAGGACAUCCAGGAUAUUUCCCAUGUGCCCUCUGCUAGCAAUAAGAACGAACCCUGGGACAAGUGUGGGCCUCUGAGCUCUGAGUGCGAAGGCUUCCUGAAGCGUGUGUCGUGUUUUUACCGCUGCUCCCCCGAUGCCGCGCGUUGGCCUCACCCCCACCGCCGCUCCUACAUCCAGGCCGUGCCGCUCUGCCACAGCUUCUGCCGUGAUUGGUUUGAUGCCUGCAGGAUGGACAUGACGUGUGCUCGUAACUGGGCCAGAGACCCCAGAGGACAGAACUGCACCGGAACAUGUGUUCAGUAUCAGCAGAUGUACCAGCACGGCAGGGACCUCUGCGAGAGCCUGUGGGGGGACGCCUUCAUGACAGUGGAGGAUGAGCCGGAGGAUGCCGGAGAGGCCGGCGAGGUCGGAGCGGAGGGCGGCGGCGGCGGCGGUCGGCCCUGCGGCUGCCUGACCCUCAGCCCCUCAGACAAAGACGUGAUGGCUGCCCUCAGGGCCCAGCAGGACGACCCGGAGGAGCUGGACACCACCAAGAGCGGCCUGCCUCAGUACCGCGCCCCGUGCCAGACCAAGCUGCCCCUGCAGGCCAGGAGCGGCAGGAAGGGGAACUCUGUGCUGCGCAAGCGCUCCGUCAUCGUGGACGACGUGGAGGGAGCGGGAGCGGCUUGUAGAGGGGAGUGUUGGAGGUGGCAAUAUAUUUAGAGAUCAUUGUCUAGACCCUAAUCUAUCUCUUGCAACAGAGUUGUAACCUCGCUCCUCUAACUAACCUUACCACAGACAUACUGGCAUUAUCAUUAUCUUCACAUUCUACAUCUAAUCUAAUCUCUAUGGUUUUAAAUAACACUUCAUCGAGUAUAAGAUAGACUGACAAGCUUGCAACACUUCCAAUAAAUCCCUGUUUGUUUAUUUAUUUAAACAACUUAAAUAGCCAGGAUUUUAAAAGAAAAUAUGACCAAUAAAGGCAGCAUCCUCAAUUAUGCAAGGGCUCUGACUUCAAUAAUAAAUAUAUUGAUUAUAUCUCAUAAUGGCUGCACAAAACUGAGUUAUUUUUUAAUAUCAAAAGUCAGGUAUUUUAUUUGCUUUGUAAGGCUCAGUUAAACGCAUCCCUGACAUUUUGAUAUGAGGCUGUUAAAGUCUUAAUAGCGUCAACGCUUGUGCAUGAAUCACACACGUCGUCAGUAACCAGAGGACUUUUUUCAUGACAGUAUUGUAAACACAUUGUAACUGCACCAGUACUCCUCCAAACCCCGCUUCUCUUCUCAAUCAUCUAGGUGGCUUUUAAUCUGUGCGUUAGUCAGUUGUUCAAAGCAGAUCUCACUGUUGUGAUGCCGUAUCGUGCAGUCUACAUGUCAUAAGGUCUAUGAUAGCGGAGAGGGUCACGCAGAGUAAUGAUAAUAAUGAAUGUAGCUUUCUAACAAAGAUUACAGGCCCUGAUCCAAGGGAUUUGGGUAUGAUAACAACAAUGCAGAGGUAUGUUUAAUACCUGAGCAGAGGUUUAAUACUCAGAAAACAAAUCCGCCCGCCAGAGUAGAUCUGCAGAGGCAGCAUUCAUACCAUGAAGGUUGUUUUGGUAGUUUGAUCACGCUGUAUGUCGCCAAUGUACCGUGGAUGUUUCUUUUAUAACUACGGCGUGUAUUUCUUAGAGUGAGACACUGUUAGAUGUACAUGUUUUGUAAUAAAAAAAUAAAAUAAAAGGGAAACGGAUAUGUCAGAUUUACGGGGGGCUUGCUGAAAUGGGUGUUUCUGUGCUUUACGUUCUCAAUAAAGACAAUAAUUGUAAA